GUUUUACGCGGUGUGGCUGAAUAGUGACGGAGAAUCGAACGAAAAACGACCGUGCACCAUCUACUACUACCUCUCAGACGACCGGAUGGAAAUUCUUGAGGCGAGAGAAAUAAACAGCGGCAGAGAUCCGUUUCCGCGAGUGCUCAACCGAAUGAGAGUACCAAAAAACUGGGAGAUCCUGCCAGCCUCGAAUGCAAGCUCACCGGACGCAGCUGAUAUGGAAAAUGUAGAAUAUUUCGGCCCCCGAGACCUCCUAGUUGGAGAAACAUUGUGCAUACUGAGAAAACA